UACCGCCAUUCAUGCCUUCUACUCAACAAUCAGUAGAAUGAAGAUCAUCAUAUUCUUGGCAUUGGCUGGUCUCAGCCUUGCAGCUGACAUAGUUCCCCCGCCGCCAAUGCCAAAUCAAAUGCUAUAUCCAGUACCAGGUACAGCACCAAAUUCUGAGGCGUGCAUUAAAAAUGCAAUAAAGGCUGUUUCAGGCUUAUUUCCAGCACUGACAAAAUUUGUGUGUUUCUAUCAUGGUCCAUCUAAAUACAAUGAAGCAAAUUUGAAGGAAGCUAUCCAAAAGCUGGCAGACCUAUUGGGAGCUACUGAUUGUACUCUCGAAACACUUCUUGGCUUAACCAAAGUAUCACUUGAAAACAUGUUGUUGGGUGACGAACAGGCUAUAAAUGAUUUAGCUAAAACACUCGUGGGGAUUCUAGGUCUUAUAGGAAUAACUAAACCUGUAGCAGAAGCAGUAUGUUUUUUGCUUGGUCCUCUGCCAGUAGAUUGUGUACAAAAUCUCCUUGCGACCAUAGAUGAUAACGUACUUCAGGGGCUACUCUGUCCGAAAAAAGGUGCUGUAACACCAGGUCUACUUGCAGACCUUCUAAUGACCGUUGACAGUUGCUUGGGAGGUCUUCUUGGAUCUACUGAUUCUACCCCCGUUGGAGAUCUUGUGAAUGCAUUACUUACCAACCUUGGCGUGGAUCUUGGUGUUACAGUGGAUUCACUCCUGGAUACAUUAAGGCAAGUUCUUAAAGUUCUAGGCCUAAAUCUCUGUCCCGUAACUGAUUUACUAAACCCACUGUUAGGACUAGUGGGCGGCUAAGUCAAGAACUAAUCUCGACUAUUAAAGUCUCAAGCAUUGGAAGCAUACAGUAGGAUAGAAGACAGCAUUCAAAAAAAGAAAAAAAAAUAUAUAAAAUCGUAUAAUUUACUUUUGAUCAUUUUUAAUCAACAAAACUGUUUCUUUUAAAUCUUUUCGUUUCAAACAGUCAAUAAAUCAUUCUCAAAUAUAAGUAUGUGUGCUGUUCGUUUAUAAAGCUGACCGUGUUGGACAGAAAUUUCAUGGUGCCACCAAAGGAAUGAUUCUAGGUGUUCACUUUCCAUCUACAACUACUGUAGCAUUGGAAGCAUACAUUAAGAUAGA